GGACAGUAAGCGGCGAGCUUUGGGCGCGAUGGCGGAUUUGGGCCUCAGGCUCCGCGCCGUCACCGACAGCAUCCGCGCCGCCGCCGCCCGGAGACCACGGGGUUUGCCCGCUGUGGCUCCGCGUCUGGUGGCCGUAGGAAAGACCAAGCCCGCCUCCCUCCUGAUCGAGGCUUACCACCAUGGCCAGAGGCACUUUGGAGAGAACUAUGUGCAGGAGCUGGUGGAGAAAGCCUCUGACAGUCAGAUUCUCUCCCUCUGCCCCGAAAUCAAGUGGCACUUCAUCGGGCACCUGCAGAAGAACAACGUCAACAAACUGAUGGCGACUCCCAACCUGUUCAUGAUCGAGACCAUCGACUCCAUCAAACUGGCCGAUAAGGUCAACGUCUCCUGGCAGAAGAAGCAGGCUGCAGGUCGACUGAAGGUCAUGGUUCAAGUCAACACCAGUGAGGAGGACAGCAAGCAUGGAAUGUCAGCGGCUGACACCCUGGGCACGGUCAGCCAUAUCUUUGACCACUGCCCCGGCCUGGAGUUUGUCGGCCUGAUGACCAUCGGCAAAUAUGGCUACGAUUUGAGGGAGGGUCCCAAUCCAGACUUCCAGGUUCUUGCAGCGCGUCGGCAGGAGCUGUGCAGCAAACUGAGUCUGCCUCUUGAAGCAGUGGAGCUUAGCAUGGGGAUGUCCACAGACUACGAGCAUGCGAUUGAAGUGGGGGCGACCAGCGUGCGGGUCGGCUGCGUGAUAUUCGGCGAGCGGACGUACCCCAACAAGCCGAACCCCGACAAGGCGCCGGAGGCAGAGGGAGUGGGGGAGCGGGUGGCUGCCUGACCGGCCAGACUGGAGGGCAUUGGAGGAGGGGAGGGGAGAGAGAGCGGAUUGUGGAGGGCGGGCUUCAAUUCAAGCUUUCACAUCAACCCUGUUGAGUGUUUUGAGUCAUUUGCCCCAUUGGUCUGAGAGUGGAUGUGAAGGUCAUCGUGGUUGUGACGCCCUCUUCUAGAAUGCCCCCCCCCCCCCGAUUUCACACCCCACCCCCU